AUGGCACCAGCCUAUCCUUCUCACCUCUCAACCUCACAGUCUGCUCCGUCUCAGUCCCCUGGCAACAGCAGCUCGCCAGUCGAUCCGUCAACCUCAAACAACAGAACAGUUCUCGGCAUACCGAGCGGCAUAAUGGGGAACAACACGCGAUCUGGGGCCGGUUCUCCGUCGCAUGACCUGGCUGGAUCCAGCCGGCUUUUCUCCAAAAGAGCGCGCGAAAUCCAAGCACAAGAAGGAAUCCCAGGUCUACCUUUGCAUUCCUGGGGAGGACCUCCGACCAGCGGAAACUCGACUCGACUUCGAGAAAAUAUCCCUGAAUCUCCCACAGACGGCUUUCCCGAAUUCAGCCAGCUUCCCACACCAGACAGCAUGCCUCAAACCCGCAGAGCCCGUGCCGGCACCGUUCCAUCCAGGCUACCGGGGGGUCCCGUCAACGGUCUCCUAAACGCCCACAGUUUGGCUGCCAAAUCAGCCAGGGCCACCCCGUCGCAAAGCCCCUUUGGAAAAUCUCCGUCGCCAAAUCUCGAGCAUCCUGACAAUGCGACUGGGGGUUCCGCGCUUCUGUCACGACUUCGCGCGGGCUCCUUGCCACAGCGCAGCCCCUUUGUUGCUCUUCCAGGCACCAGCUCGCCAUUCGGCCCCUCCAUCUUCAGUAGCUGGAAUCCCGCUGGCGUCGGGCGCGAGCGUGGACUGACGCUGGCAAGUAUCGCCAGCGUUGGCUCAAACGGACCAAGCUCUCCCUCGCAGUCCCAGUUCUCCAAGGAAGGCACUGGCGAAUCGGACGUGCAUAUGCGGACCCUGGAUUAUCUCGGCCUCGCAGAGACACCCCAGCCUCCUCGGGCGCAGCUGGCGACCCCUUACUUCGACUACAGCAAUCAGUCGAGCCGGUUCCGCUCCUACUCGGUCAACAACAAGGACAAAUACGAGGACGACUGCGACGUGAGCAACAACGCACCCAUGGAAAGCCAAUACGAUGCCCUCAAAGAUCAGCUGGCGGCCACCAACGCGGCCAUACAUAGCCAUAACCUUGCUGUGCAGGCAUUCAUAAACAAUACUCGUCCCCGCGCCCGCACCACCGCGGGCGUCCUCGAGUCGAUGCGGACGUUCAACGCGGGGGUGAUUCCCAACCCGAUCGCCGCGGCAGAUAUUCGGUUGCAGGAAGAAAAGGAGUACGACGUGACGCAGGAACUCGCCGGUGUGAGCCUGGGCAGAUCAAACAGCCGCAAUGCCGGGCUCUUGGGUGCAGAGGAGCAAGGCUUGGAAGGCCCGACCAGCGCUCUCUGGCUCGGCGGCGUACCUACCUCGACCACCACGUCGACCCUUGUGGAAAUGUUCAAGUCCCACGGGCCCAUUGUAUCCGCCCGCGUCCUCACACACAAGAACUGCGGCUUCGUCAACUUUGAGAGGGUGGAGAGUUCCGUGGCAGCCAAGGCCUCGAUGAACGGCAAGGAAAUCUUCCCUGGCGCGGGACCCAUACGCAUCAACUUUGCAAAGCCGCCCUCGGCAUCCAACACGCCGGGUCAUGACGGGGCGUACCCUUCGCCCAGCCCCGACCCGUUCGCCAGGAGCCAGGACAACGCGUCGGGACCGGCGCAGGCGGUUUCGACCGACGGUGCGGCGGGUGCUUCUCACGGCGCCUCUGCCCCCAACGUCCCGUCUCUUGCAGACAUGCCGAGAGACGUCAUGGACAUCGUGGCGCGGUUUGGGGCCACGGAAGAGGAGGGGGCUGACAUUUUGCAGAGCAUCGACGCGGCCAUUAAGUAUACCCAGUUUGCCGAGGAGAUUCCCGCCAUCCGCGAGCCCACGCACACCAGAGUGCACGACGCCCCGAAGCUCAGGGACGUUCGAAAGAGGAUCGACAACCAGCUCCUGUCCCAGGCCGAGAUUGAGAGCGUGGCCAUGGACAUGCUUCCCGAAAUCGCCGAGCUGGCCUCGGACUACCUCGGCAACACGGUCGUCCAGAAGCUCUUCGAGUUCUGCUCCGAUCAGGUGCGGGACGCUAUGCUGGCCGAGAUAGCGCCGCACAUGGCGGAGAUUGGCGUCCACAAGAACGGCACCUGGGCCGCGCAGAAGAUCAUUGACGUCUGCAAGACGCCGCAGCAAAUGAGGCUCAUUGUCGACCACCUCCGGCCGUACACGGUUCCCCUGUUCCUGGACCAGUACGGCAACUACGUGCUUCAGGGGUGCCUGAAGUUCGGGCCCCCGUACGACGACUUCAUCUUCGAGACCAUGCUCAGCCGCCUGUGGGACGUUGCCCAGGGCCGGUUCGGGGCUCGAGCCAUGAGAGCGUGCUUGGAGAGCCACCACGCCACCAAGAAUCAGCAGAAGAUGCUGGCGGCCGCCAUUGCCCUGCACAGCGUCCAGCUGGCGACCAACGGCAACGGCGCGCUGCUCCUCACCUGGUUCCUGGACACGUGCACGUUUCCCAUGAGACGCACGGUCCUCUCGCCGUGCCUGGUGCCUUUUCUCGCCCACCUGUGCACCCAUAGGGUGGCCUACCUGACCGUUCUCAAAGUUGUCAACCAAAAGUCGGAAACCGACGCCAGGGACGCCAUUCUCAGGGCUCUCUUCUUCUCGCCUGGCGACCAGGUUCUGGAGGCGAUCCUGCAAGACACCCAAUGCGGCGCCACUCUCAUAUUCAAAGUCUUGACAAACCCGUUCUUUGACGAGGGCAUCCGGGCUCAGGUUGUCGACAACGUGAAGAGCGUCCUGGCCAGGCUCGGUGCGCAGCCGAACCAGGGAUACAAGCGGUUGAUGGACGAGGUAGGCUUGCCAACCAGGCCUGCCGCGCCCAGCCGCGAGGCCACCAACAGCACGCCUGACGGCCGACAUAGGCCGACAUCUCGCCAGGUCAAUAGCAACAGCAACACGAACGGUCAGCAUGCACAAGGCGGCCAGGCCAGCAGCAGCAGCAGCAGCAGCAGCAGCAACAAUAACAAUAUCAACAGCAACAGCAACAACAGCACCAGCACCAGCAGCAACAGCAACAGCAACAACGGCAACGGCAACAUCAACAACGGCAACAACAAACCGUUCUACAAACCUCCCGGUGCCCAGCCCGGUGCCGGAGCCUACGACGGUGGCUACGGAGGCGGCAGCUCGAGAAACGACGGUGCCGACGCCACCGCGAGCGUGUUCCCGCAGUACGGCCAGGGCAUAAUCUACGGCGCACCGGCGGCUGCCAUGGCGCCGCCCAUGAGCAUGUCUCCGCUGCAGUACCAGCAAACCAUGAUGAACCGGGCCGCGUCGCACAUGGGCUACAGCUACGCGCCGAUGCAGAGCCCGUACGCCGCCGCGUACGGGGCCACCCCGGCCGGCGUGGACCAGUUUCGACCGCCUGGCAUGGCCAACGGAAGCCCGGUCCAACCCCCGACCUCGCAGCUGGCCGCUCAGAUGCCGAGCGGGCCGGCGCACUACGCGAACCCGGGCUACGGAGUUGGAUACGGGUACGGAAACAUGGGCAGCCUGCAACACGUGGCUUACAUGCAGCAAGAGCCCGUUGUUCACACGCGACGUGGCGGACGUAGGUGA